AUGUCCGCAACAGGUACAUAUCGUGGCACACCCAAAGACAAACCCCGAGGCCAAAAUCCUUUCCAAGCACUUGACAGCCCCUCGGGCAUACCCAGACCAAAGCUAGAAACUGCCGCCAGCAGCGCACCCAGCGACAUGUCAACCCUCAGCGUCAGCAGGGCCAAACAGUCCAAGAGGGACGAGGCCAUCCGCCGCAAGAUCGAAACCGACCUGAGCAAGAAGAGAGCCAACCCUACCCGCGCCCGUCAGACCCGAAAGGCAGCCCCUGGUUCCGUCCUCGCCCUCAGGCCCAGCCAGGCUCUCCAGAUCAAGCCGAACACGACCGUCGCAGAAGCUGCCCAGCUCAUGGCCGCAAAGCGCGAAGACUGCGUCCUUGUUACCGAUGCCGACGAUCGUAUCGCAGGUAUCUUUACUGCAAAGGAUCUCGCCUUCCGCGUUGUUGGAGAGGGAAUCAAGGCCAACAGCAUCACCAUUGCCGAGAUCAUGACCAAGAAUCCGCUGUGCGCCAAAACCGACACCAGCGCGACCGACGCUCUGGACCUCAUGGUCCGCAAGGGCUUCCGUCACCUUCCCGUCAUGGACGAGAACCACGACAUCUCUGGUAUUCUCGACAUCACAAAAUGUUUCUACGAUGCUAUGGAGAAGUUGGAGCGCGCAUACAGCUCCUCAAGGAAGCUUUACGAUGCACUCGAGGGUGUUCAGGCUGAGUUGGGCUCCAGCCAGCCGCAGCAGAUUAUUCAAUAUGUUGAGGCCAUUCGUCACAAGAUGUCCGGUCCUACUCUCGAGUCUGUCCUGAACGGCAUGCCACCCGUUACCGUGUCUGUACGUACCUCUGUCAAGGAGGCUGCUGCAUUGAUGAAGGCCAACCACACCACUGCCGUUUUGGUGACAGACCAGGGAUCUAUCACUGGAAUCUUCACCAGCAAAGAUGUCGUUUUGCGCGUUAUCGCUGCUGGCUUGGAUCCCAGCAACUGCAGUGUUGUCCGCGUCAUGACUCCUCACCCGGACUUUGCGCCUCUCGACAUGAGCAUUCAAUCUGCACUCCGCAAGAUGCAUGUUAUGAGUGCCGAAGGCGAGAUUGUUGAUGUCAAAGUUGUGCAUCAACUAACUUCUGUANNGAUCAACAGUAUGUCAACCGGAGAUAGCGAGGGACCUGCCUGGAACAAGUUCUGGAUGUCUUUCGACAACGAGACCGAGUCCAUGAUGUCUGGUGAAGGCGGCAGCCGUCACCCACAGACAGAAGAUGGGAGAUCACAAUUCUCACCAGAGAUGUCGAGACCUGGAGUUGAUCGGGGUGAUAGCGUCAUGCCCACCGACUCAGCCUCCCACACUGGAGGUCGUGAUUCUCCUGACCCAUCCGCAUUCACUGGAGCUGCCAACUCAUAUGAAGACGUUGCAUUCCCAUUCAAGUUCAAGGCACCAAGUGGUCGCGUACACAGACUGCAAAUUGUGCCCUCGGCUGGCAUGAGCGAGCUGGUCAGUGUUGUCGCAGAGAAGCUGGGCAGCGAAGCUGAAUCUAUCGGUGGAGUGCCUACCUUCGAGGAUGGCAAACUCAGCCGCACCGGAUUUGCAUUGAGCUAUCUUGACAACGAAGGCGACACAGUCUCGAUAACAACGGACCGCGAUCUACUUGACGCCAUCUCACUGGCGCAACUGACGCAUCAAGACAAGGUUGAUCUGUUUGUGCAUGACCCUGAGACGGCACCACUCCCGGCAACGCUUGCACCGCAGCCCUCGUUGGUGACCGUGGCACCCUCUGAGAGUGUUGUGCGUGAGCGAAAGGUGGCGCACAGCGAGUCUGAUGAGGAGAGCGAGAUGACCAGACCUCGCAGAAAGGAACGUCAAGCAGCACCGGCAGUGGGACAAGAGCAGCUGAUUGCAGGUCUUCCCAACGAGCUCCUUCUGCCUGGAGCGAUAGUGACGCUGGCUGUGGCCAUCAUUGGAGUGUUUGCCAUCUCAAGGAUGUCGAGCAAAUAA